AUGGCUUCUUCUGUCUAUGCAUAUGCGCUUAUUUUCUUGUGCAUAUCCAUCGAGAUUUCUCCGAGCGUCUCACAAUUACUUGAAGGUGGCGGCCUUUUUCCAGGUUUAGGGGGUCAUGUUGGUAAUGAUCUUCUUCCGGGUAUCCCAAAAUGUUUAGCAACGGUGUUAAAUGUUCCUGGAUGUGUUGAGGAACUUAUAACAUCUUUCUUAAGUAUUCAACCUCGAUUGAUUAGUCCUCAAUGUUGCAAAGCUGCAUUACACUUUGAGGAUAGUUGUUUGCCUAAGAUUUUUCCUUUGAGUUCGUUUUUCCCUUUUACACUUAGGAGUCUCUGCCCCAUUCAGGGUUCAUUACCACCAACACCCCUUCAAGCUCCAAUUCCAACAGCAGCACGCAAAGUUAAGAACUAA